UGUGUGUCAGGCCGUUGGAGGUGGAUUGCUUGUGCUGAGCCAAAGGACCAGAUACACUCAGAGCUUUCUUGUGUCCUUCGAUUCAGGGCUCUGAAGCGCACAUCCGCGCUGCCUGUCUGUAUUUUUGGAAUGUGCCGGAGAAAGGAAGCGCUAAGGUGGAGAGGCUGGUAAAGGAAAGGGGGAAAACAGACCGUUGCCACCCUUAAACGAACUCCGCUUCGUGUGGGGUUUAGGGCGUCUGUCACGCGAAAGAUCGGAUUGGGGUUUGAUUUUUUUUCUAUUCACUCAACACACCUCCCCUCACCCCCUCGUUCUCAAACACUCCGUCUGUCAUAGUAUUCGGAGAGCUGGUCGAGUGACGAGGACUUGGUAGCAGAGAUGGAGAGAAGGUGAAGAGGGAAGAACGCAUCGAAUAUCCUCUGCAUGUCGAAGUUAAGGACUGAUGUUACUGAAGCCUAUUGUUAACACUACAGGCCAUUUAUAUUAUCGCCUAUUUAAAUGCGAAUGCUGGCAGUUAUUCCUCGAUUGUUUUCAUUUCGAUUCUUCUCUUUAAACAAUCCCAGUCUUUUCUCAAAAUUUCAGUCCAGUACUGUACGUUGUUUGGACAGCGCGCUCGGCUAUUUGAUUACUUUUUAAGAAUCUGUUCUAAUCCUAAAGGGAAAUACAAAAGGAAUGCGCGGAUCGUCCACUCUAAGGAAAAUUUGCCUUUGUAAUCCGGGGGAAGCGAAAUGUUCGCCGUGGAAAAGGGGUCUGAGGAAUGCGAAAACGGUGAGGACCUCUAAGUGUGCCUUCUAAUGAGUGAAACGCGGAGAGGACAGGAACCACUUAAAUCCUAAAUAGUUCUCAUAGCUUUCAAUGUUCUGUUCUUCUGUCUACCCGAGAGAAAAAAGCGAAUGACGAUGGAGAGAAGAAAUGGGAGAGCGUCCGCUUCGAGACUGUGAAGAGAAGGGCAUAGCUGUUGCAGGGGAACCGUCUACGGUCCUAAAUGAGCUUUUCCUAGAAUAACUCAGGUUGACUGGGAGAGGCACGAGCCUGUGGCAGUGAAAUCAGAAAGGGGAACUCUCACUCACAUGAUACGAACCUGGAGGAGUGAUUUUCAGUCCUUACAGAGAAGCCGGUUUCGACGGAAAGGAAGCGCCUCAUUUUGCUGUACACCAUUUGGGCUCCUACAAGUUGGAAAAACUCACGUUUUCAUUUUUAAAUUCUUGUUUGCAUGUGUUUUGGGGAGGGGGUGCUUCAAUGCCCAUGCGGGUGCCGAGGGCACGCUUUCUCUGCACUAACUGACGGAUUUAGGCAACUUCACCCGACCUUUACGAAAGGGGCUUUGUCCGUCUGUUCAUUUCCCCAUCGCUUUGAUGGGAGGCGAAAGACGGGGUUUUGGGGCGACAAUGGUGUAUCGAAAAGGUGCGAAUGGAUUGCGAAUUCUGGUGGUAUUCCUUGUGGAUAUGCUUGGAAUCUCCGCCACCAACAUGGAGCCCAUAUACUGGAACACUUUGAACAAAAGGUUUAAGGACGACAGGGGCUACGUGCUGUACCCCCAGAUCGGAGACCGGCUGGACCUCAUCUGCCCCGCCUCAGACCCCCCCGGGCCCCGGGCCCCUCCCGAAUACGAGUACUACAAGCUGUACCUGGUGUCGUCGCGGGAGCAGGCCGACAGGUGCGAGGUGAUGGGCGCGCCCAACCUGCUGCUCACCUGCGACAAGCCCAACAGCGACAUGCGCUUCACCAUCAAGUUCCAGGAGUUCUCCCCUAACCUGUGGGGCCACGAGUUCCACACGCUGAGGGACUACUACAUCAUCGCAACUUCUGAUGGGACACGGCAGGGUUUGGACAGCAUGAGGGGGGGUGUGUGUGUCACUCGCGGGAUGAAGGUGGUGCUGAAAGUGGGGCAGACUCCCUAUGGGCUUCCCCCGAAACCCCCCAAACCGGACCAGAACUCGGGGCACCCCAGGACCACAGGGCCUGCUGGGAAUGCUACCUACCCCCAGGCGCCGGGCGGGGCCGAUGGAGGGCUGGGGGGCGGGCCGCUGCCACUCUCCAACAUCGCGAUGAUUGCGGGAGGGGCGGGGGGCGUGGCCCUCCUCCUGCUGGUGAUGGUGGUGGUGGGCGUGGUUUGGUGCCGCCGACGUCACGCCAAGCGCUCGGAGACGCACCACCCGCCCGUGUCCCUGUCCCUCACCAGCCCCAAGAGGGGCAGCGGCGGGGGCGGGGGCGCGGCCGGCGGCGGCAACAGCAACGGCUCCGAGCCCAGUGACAUCAUCAUCCCGCUGCGGACCUCUGACUCCGCCUACUGCCCGCACUACGAGAAGGUGAGCGGGGACUACGGCCACCCCGUCUACAUCGUGCAGGAGAUGCCCCCACAGAGCCCUGCCAACAUCUACUACAAAGUAUGAGAGCAAGAGACACACACACACACCCACACCCACACACACACACACACACACACACACUCUCAC